AUAUCGCCCUCUCGUUCGCACCCACUACUACUGUUGCGCUCAUCAUCAACAUAUUCUCGACGAAACAUUUUUUUUUUACUUGUUACGUUGAUUUUGUGGCGUUUAAAAUAGCGAUUAACCAGCGCAAAGUUGGCCGUGCGAACAUGUGCUAAAGCGUAAAUACAGUGAUACAAUAGAAUUUAAAUAAUUUUGCAAAAACAUUCCAGCCAGAAGCGAAGGUGUGUGCGUGUACUUGCGACGACUUUUUUUUAAGUUUUUGUCGCGUUGUAAAAUUUUGCACUUAAAAAGCUGACGCGUUUUUCGGGCAGGUGGUUAUUAAAGAAUGUAGAGCUUAUGAAUCUGCCAGUGGAUUCUAUGCGAUAAGGCGGAAAUGCCAGUUGAAAAGUGUGCCAUAGAUUUUCCUGCCCUUUUCUUGUUGGCCCAAAAGGCAUGCAUGUGUGUGUGACCAGUGUGCGUGUGUGUGGGCCUUCCAGUGAAUCGCAUAAAUUAGCAAGCGAAAAAUCACAUUGAAAACAAACGAGGAAAGCUCUAAAGAAAAACCCUACGUGUUAAAUAUAUAUAGUAUACUAUAUAGAAGUGACGUUAUUGUUUCAUGAUUUUUUAAUGCAAUCGAUAUAUGUGCUUAUAUACACUUAUGCUAUCGAUGACGGCAGCUGUUUUCGUUUUUGGCCAGUUUAGUUUUUAUUAAGUGGAAACAAGUAAACAAGUUGUAUUUCGGAUUAACUGUUUCUUUUUUUCCAAUUGGACAUUGGAAGCCCUUGACGCGCGUGUUUGUGUGUUAGUGUUUGUGUGUGCAUUAAUCAUUUAAUCAAUUUGCAUUGCGCUCUCGACAAAAAACAGUAAAUUGUUGUUGCCUUGGCCAGAAAGAGAGAUCAUGUGUAUUUGUUUGAGCCAACUCACAUACACGCACGCACACACGCAUGAAUAAGAGAUGUCAGUUUCAUAACAACGGUGAUCUAUUUUACGUCAGCGGUGAAUGUUACUGCCUUUAUUUAAACUAUUAAACUUUUUUCUAUUAGUUUUAAAAAAAAGAGAGCAAGCGGUAAGGGGCGAGAGAGCGAAAGAGAGAGUGCAACAAAAUAGCGGCCGGCUGUUAGUCCGUGUGUGUGUGUGGGAGUGAGUGUUUGUGUGCGUGGAAGAUCUGCAGAGGAAAAACCGUUUGUUCGUUUCGCUAAUUUGUGUUGUUGCACCGCCGCCCAGCAACAAAAAGAAAACACAAAGGCGCGUAGGCCGGCAAAAAAGAAGGAAAAAGUAUAAAAAGUAAUACAAGAGAGCCAAUAAAAAGCGGAAAAAAGGCUGCCACACAAGUGAUUCAACGUUUCUCGCCGCCACAAUGAAUUCCGAGCAUGGAUUCAAUCCAGCCUUCAAUAUGGCCACCAUACGGCAAGCAUUCACAGAGGCGGUGGAGAGAGUCAGAAUGCCUACGCCCACACGCCUGCGCGACCUCAUCCGACAGAUUCGCGCGGCCAGAACCGCCGCCGAAGAGCGGGCGGUGGUCAACAAAGAAUGCGCCUACAUACGGAGCACAUUCCGCGAGGAGGACUCCGUCUGGCGCUGUCGCAACAUUGCCAAGCUUCUGUACAUACACAUGCUCGGCUAUCCGGCUCACUUUGGCCAACUGGAGUGCCUUAAGCUGACGGCCAGCACGCGGUUCACAGACAAGCGGAUCGGCUACCUGGGCGCCAUGCUGCUGCUGGAUGAGCGGCAGGAUGUCCACCUGCUCAUCACCAACUGCUUGAAGAACGACUUGAACAGCUCGACGCAGUUCGUCGUGGGCUUGGCCCUGUGCACUCUGGGUGCGAUUGCCUCACCGGAAAUGGCUCGGGAUUUGGCCAGUGAAGUGGAGCGUCUGAUGAAGUCCCCGAACACGUACAUCCGCAAGAAGGCGACGCUGUGCGCUUUCCGUGUCAUCCGGCGUGUGCCCGAGCUAAUGGAGAUCUUUCUACCGGCCACGCGAUCCCUGCUUAGCGAGAAGAACCAUGGUAUUUUGAUCACUGGCGUAACGCUGAUCACGGAGAUGUGCGAAAACAGUUCGGAUACGCUGAUGCAUUUUAAGAAGAUCGUGCCAAACCUGGUGCGCAUCCUGAAGAACCUAAUCUUGGGCGGCUAUUCGCCGGAGCAUGACGUCAGCGGGGUGAGCGAUCCCUUCCUGCAGGUGAAGAUCCUGCGACUACUUCGCAUCCUGGGCCACAACGAUCCGGACGCAUCUGAGGCAAUGAACGACAUUCUGGCCCAGGUGGCCACCAAUACGGAGACAAGCAAGAAUGUGGGCAAUACAAUCCUCUACGAGACAGUGCUCUCUAUCAUGGAUAUCCGCUCGGAGGGUGGACUGCGCGUCUUGGCUGUCAAUAUCCUAGGACGAUUCCUGCUCAACUCGGACAAGAACAUAAGGUACGUGGCGCUGAAUACACUGUUGCGAACAGUUCAUGCGGACACAUCGGCGGUGCAGCGGCAUCGCACCACCAUUCUGGAGUGCCUAAAGGAUCCAGACGUCUCCAUUCGCCGUCGGGCGAUGGAACUUUCGUUUGCUCUGAUCAAUGCACAAAACAUACGUACAAUGACCAAGGAGCUGCUGCUCUUCCUCGAAAAGGCGGACGCUGAGUUCAAGGCCCAGUGCAGCUCGGGCAUGAUUCUGGCCGCCGAACGUUAUUCGCCGACCACGCGCUGGCAUCUGGACACACAGCUGAGCGUGUUGAUUGCGGCCGGGAAUUAUGUACGCGACGACGUUGUCUCCUCCACCAUCCAGCUGGUGUCCAGCAGUCCCGUCCCGGAGCAGACGUACAUAACAAACCGUUUCUGGGAGUCACUGCAGGUGGCCAAUCACUGUGAGGACAAGCAGCCCUUGCUGCAGGUUGCCGUCUGGGCCAUAGGCGAGUACGGCGAUCUGUUCAUGUACGGCGCCAACGAGGAUGAGUUUGAACGUCCCACUGAGAGCGAUCUGAUCGCUGUGUAUCAUAAGUUUUUAACCUCUGCUCAAGUCUCGACCACAAGUAAGCAAUACGCUCUGGUCUCCCUAGCCAAGCUAAGCACGCGUCUGCAACAGUGUGUGGAGGAAAUCCAGGCGCUGAUCACGUCCUUUGGCAGCCACCUUAAUGUGGAUCUGCAGCAGCGAGGCGUGGAGUUCACGCAGCUAUUUGGCCAUUAUAAGCAUCUGCGUCCACCGUUGCUGGAGAAGAUGCCGGCCAUGCAGAUCAGCAGGAUUAGCUCGCAGAAUGGCGAGAGCGGUGGUGGCUCCUUCGACGACAACAGUCCGGAUGUCAUUGAAAAUGGCGUAGAGGGAGGCGGCGGUGGCGGACACUCACUUAUCGAAAGCAAUAUGAACACUCUCGGUGACAAUACGAACAUUCUGCUUGAUCUUUUGGGCAGUACGGAUCUCUCGGCGGGCGGCGCUGGUGAUUUAGUAGCAGCCACGGAUAUUUCCAAUGCCGUGCAUAAAAAGAACUCUCGGAAUGCCAACGAUGUGGUAGCCCCCGUUUCCAAUAACCAGGAUCUGCUGGAUCUGCUUGAUUUGGAUCUGUCCACGCCGUCGGCAACGACGACAGGUGCGCCAGCGGGCGGAGGAGGAGGCGGCGGCGGUAUCCUGGCCCUGGCCGGCGAUAAUAACCAGAGCAGUGCGGCAAACAUGAAUAACAUGCUGGGUGGCCUGGACUUGGGUGGCUUUGGAUCUGGUCUGGAUGGUUCGGUGAGCAUACCUACGAAUGGUAACGAUCUGGCCAGUAUGCUGGGCGGAUUGAGAGGAGCUCCGGCUGCAUCAGCGCCACUGGGAGCUCCAGCUGCCGUUGGCAACCUUAUCGAUGGCCAUGGCGGCAAUCUGUUGGGUGAUCUUAAUCCUACGGCUGCAUCCAACAAUGUAGUAGUGCCUCCACAAGGUCCCAGGCUGACGGCGCUGGAUAAGGAUGGUUUACUGGUACAGCUGGUUUCGGUCAAAGGCAACGACUGCAUGCGCAUCUAUAUGACGACCACGAAUAGCUCAGACAAUACCCUGGAUCAGUACUUGCUGCAGGCGGCGGUGCAGAGGAGUUUCCAGCUGCAGAUGCUGACGCCUUCCGGUUCAGUCCUGCCGCCUGGCGGUGUGAUUACGCAGGAGAUGCGAGUGGUGGCCACGUCAAAUGCGACACUACGGAUGCGUCUGCGUAUCCAGUACGUGCUCGAUGGUAAGCAGCAGGUGGAGCAGACGGAGGUGAGCGGAUUCCCUGAGCAGCAGCCGGCGGCGGUCGAAGAGUAGAACUGCAACUGUAUUAAAGCAAAACCAGAUUAGCCUAAUAUCGGAAAUAAUUCAACAUGGGCAACUUGCGCAGCAGGAGCGGCAGCAGCAUCAAUAACACAGCAACAGCAACACUAAAAAACACACACUGUGGUUGUCACACAUUUAUUGUAAAAUAAGUUAUCACACACACAGUAAAACACACAGAGACCCACGCAAUCGCAACUAGAUCAGAGCAUUUUCCAGAUCGGCGCACAGCGUUGUCAGACUCAGACUGUUUUUUAACCGAGAAUAGUCCUGUCGGCGCUCGGUAGCAGAGAAAAUACGGGGAUUUCCCCCCGUCAGAGCAGUUAACUUAUAUAUUUUUUCUAAUUUAUAUCUAAACAUAUAUAUAUAUAUAAACACACUACUUGUCAAAUCAAAUUCUUUACGUUUAUCUUGUUUUAUUAUUAAUAAUUUUCUCAUUUUAAAUGGUGUGUAAACUUUUGUGUGUCAAAGACAACUUUCAGUUUUAAUUUAAGACAAUAAAAGUCAAUCCCGCUAUACCCAUAAAGAAUGGCAACUAACAAACAAUUAAGAAGCAACAACAAAAGAAAUGUAUUAAAACCGAUUGUGAAAUUAUCUAGCAAAGGCAUUUAAAAAGCUUAGCAUUUUAAAAGGAAUCGAAAUGGAGCGAGUUAAGAGAUGUUUGACGUUUGAUGCCAUUUCAAGCUGUUUAUUUGUUAUUUCUAUAUAUGUAAUGAGUGUUUGUUUUCCCCAGUCCUGAGUCUUAUUGAUCGGUUCCGGCUUUUGUUGGACACCCCCCGAUAUUCCUUCUUUUUUUUUACCCCGCUAAAUACAUUCAUUUUAUAUAUAUAUAAACAAACACUGAAACACACACACGACCACGCGGAUAUAUAUUAUGUAUUAUGUAUUGUUAUUUCCUGUGCGCACGUACUUAAAGCGGAGAAUCAGCAGCAACCAGAGAAAGUCUAAAAAAUAAAACACAAACCAGAUAGCACUGUGGAAAACUAGAUAAUAUCUAUGAUAAAUAUAAUUGUAACGGAGGAGGACGCAGCUUAGAACUAUAUAAACUGAUUAGUUGCCGUCGCCGAUGAGAUGACGAUGAUGAUGAUGAUGAUGAGGGGCAUCGAGAAGCAAAGAAAAUCCAUUAACUAUUAUUAUUAUUAUUAUGAUUAUAAAUGAAUUAUGCAGCUGUAUGAGAAUGAAAGAGAGAGAGAUAAGAAAAUAAUAACAUUAACAUAUUGUACAAUAUAUUAUUAUUUUUGUAUUAUUAUCAUUUCCUUUUAUAUCUACUUAUAUUCCACAACCCUUUUGAGCCGAAAUAAAAAAAAAACGAUUUCGUUUUAUCGAAGGACAA